AAUAAUAAAAAAAAAAAGCUUUAGUCACUUUGAUUCAUGAUUCAUCGCCUCAACUCUUGCCCUGCGUGAUUGCGUCUCUCCCUCGGCCACUGCGACUCGAGUCUAGGCUUACAUCGGAGAGCAUGGAGGAGGUAGAAUCUGGUGAUAGCAAGAGCAGGCAACGGCGCGUGGGGAUAAUCUAUGAUGAGAGAAUGUGUAAGCAUUUCUCUACCGUUGAUGAUUAUCAUCCUGAAAAUCCCAAUCGAAUCACAACCAUUUGGAACAAGCUUGUAGCCAACAACAUUCCUCAAAGAUGUGUUGUUUUGAACGCCAAAGAAGCAGAAGAUAAAUAUCUACUAGCAGUUCAUUCCGAGAAUCAUGUUAAUUUGGUUAGAAAUAUAAGCACUAAACAAUUUGAUUCUCGAAGGAAUACAAUUGCUUCAAAAUUCAAUUCUAUAUACUUUAAUGAAGGAUCAUCAGAAUCUGCUUACCUUGCUGCUGGCUCUGUCAUAGAGGUGGCUGAGAGAGUUGCCAAAGGGGAAUUGAAUUCUGCUGCUGCUAUUGUAAGGCCUCCUGGACAUCAUGCUGAACAUGAUGAGGCAAUGGGAUUUUGUCUAUUCAACAAUGUGGCUGUUGCAACAAGAUUUCUUUUGGAUGAAAGACCAGAAUUGGGUAUUAAAAAGAUUCUGAUUGUUGAUUGGGAUGUUCAUCAUGGGAAUGGUACUCAAAAGAUGUUUUUCGAGGACCCUCGAGUCUUGUUGUUUUCUGUUCAUAGGCAUGAGUUUGGGACUUUUUACCCUGCUAACGAUGAUGGUUUCUAUACUAUGAUUGGAGAAGGGCCAGGUGCUGGAUAUAACAUAAAUGUCCCUUGGGAGAAUGGAAGAUGUGGGGAUCCAGACUAUCUAGCUGUAUGGGACCAUAUCUUGAUCCCUGUUGCUAAGGAGUUUGAACCCGACAUGAUUAUAGUGUCUGCCGGAUUUGAUGCAGCUGUUGGUGAUCCUCUUGGUGGUUGUCGUGUCACACCGUAUGGAUAUUCAUUGAUGUUGAAAAAGUUGAUGGAUUUUGCCAAUGGUAAGAUUGUGUUGGCAUUGGAAGGAGGUUACAAUCUUGGCUCUAUAGCAAAUUCGUUCCUUGCUUGCGUGGAAGUUCUGCUUGAGAACAAGCCUAUUGCUGGAUCCUCAGAAGCCUAUCCAUUUGAAUCCACUUGGCGUGUCAUACAGAUGGUUCGCAAGAAGUUAAGUGCUUACUGGCCUACACUUGCAGACGAAAUACCCUUGAAGUUAACCAGUCAAAAAGCCCCUCCUCCACAUCUUUUGAUCUCAAGCUCUGAUUCUGACGAUGAAGAUCGCAAAACUCCAAAUAUUGUGUCAGCAAAUUUUGUUUCAGCUGUUCAGGAGGUUAUUGAACCGCUUUUGAAUAUAAAAAUCGAAGAUGAUCAUGAUGAACUGGCCACAGAACCUACUAACUGGAGAUCAGAGCUUUCAAAGACGGACAUUUGGUAUGCUACUUUUGGAUCAAAUAUGUGGAAACCAAGGUUCCUUUGUUAUAUUCAAGGUGGUCAGGUAGAUGGUAUGAGAAAGCCUUGCUCUGGUUCAAUGGAUAGAAACCCACCAAAAGCUGUUCUAUGGAAAAGUUUCCCUCACAGAUUAUUCUUUGGUCGUGAAUCUACACUUACAUGGGGUCCUGGAGGGGCUGCUUUCCUUCAUCCUGAAAGUAGCGUUGGUGAAAAAACUUACUUGUGCUUGUAUAGAAUAACGCUAGAACAGUUCAAUGACGUUUUGCUUCAGGAAAAUGGUUAUCAAGAGAUGAGUUCUCCGGUAUUUGAUUUGGAUGCACUACAGGCAAUAACAAACCAAGGAUCCAUUUCUUUGGAGGUUUUUAAGACGGGUUGGUACCACAAUGUAGUUUACCUGGGAAAGGAGCAGGACAUCCCUAUACUGACUAUGACCUGCCCACUUUCGGCAAUCGAAAGGUUUAAAUCAGGGGAAGUCCCUUUGCGUGCACCUUGCAAAGAAUAUGCCAACACCUUAAUAAAAGGCCUUGUGGAAGGAGGACGGUUAACAGAGGAGGAAGCCAUUGCUUACAUUCAAGAAGCCUCUACUAAACCAUUAUGCUAGAAACGAUCUAGCUUUUACAUUUCCUUUUGUAAAUGUUUUAUGGUAGCACGUUAAAUGCAAUUCUUACUCAUCAGCUAGCUUCAACCUAUUCAUAUACUUUAGUAUAUGAUUGAAGACUAGUUUAAGGAGUGAGAAGAAUGCUGCAGUGAGUAUUGGUAAAUAAAUGGAGGGUCCAUUUAGAUGAUCAGUCAUUUGAAAUUAUUGAGCAUGUUAAC